UCGUUGUUAUUCUAUUGGACAACAAUUUAUAUUUAUUAUUUUAACAUAGAAUUGUAGUUAAGCAUAAAUAAUAACAAAUAUAAAAAUUUAUCAAUGCCUCGAGAAUUGUGGGGAGAAUUUUUAGAUGAUGAAAACAUAUCAAAUGAAGAGCGUAAAAUUAUUCCUUUAGGUGCUAAGCGCAUAAAACUUACCGAAAUUCAAACUCGAAAGCCGCAAGAAGAGCAGAAAAAUGUUACAGUAAAAAUAAAAAAUCCGCUAGUCACACAGACUAUUGAAGUUAUGAAACAAACGGAAAUGUUACAAUCACUCAUUGAUACGUAUUCCAACAAAUCGGGUACAUCAAACUAUUUACUAAAUCCCUGCCAAAUGAUACCUGAAGUUGAUUUUCCUCCGGAGAACGCCGCAGAUUUUAUCAGUAAUGAAAAAUUCGCUAAACCCAUUUGGUUUAUACCACCACAGGAUACGAAAUUUACCAAAGGAGUACCCCAAUUGUAUCCACAAUUAAAUACGGAAAUUUGCAAAGCCUCAUUGCGUAAAGCUGUUUGUGGCCAACUAAGAGUAGCAGGCUUUACAGAUACAGCAGAAUCGGCGUUGAUACUUUUUGCCGAUGCAAUUGAGGAAUUUAUGCGCAAUCUUUUACAGCAAGUACGUGAAAUCCAUGCCAAUGAUCCGAAACUGGAGACAAAACGCGAUAUCGAAGUAAAACAUUUGGAAAAGGCAUACUAUUCAAUGACAAACACCUCCUUGACGCAAGUACAUAACUAUUUCAAACAUCAUUUAAUUGCUAGAAAUCGUAGUGAGAUUGAGGAAUUUAAUGGCGUCUUACAUGAGUAUGAUAAACUCAUGAAAGAAAGUCAAAAUAUGCAAAAAGAUGAAUUUCAGGAAACUGAUUUUAUGAAUAUAUUUGAAAUGCCUUCGACUUCAAAUGGCGGCGCUAAUGCUUCAUCAGUACAAGACUUCUCUGGCUCGGUGACAAAUUCAGGGAGUACAAGUGCAACAGUUUUGCAUCAAAACAAUAUACUUGGUUUGUUGGAUAAUCAAACGCAUAUAACAUUGCACUCAGAAGCUCAAUCUAAUAACGACAUCCAAGCAUAUGCAAAUGAUAUAAAUCAACAUUUACAAACUCAUGAAUAAACUUUUUAAAAUUCUACUAAGGGUCUCGUUAAGGAAUUACUUGCAAACAUAACGCUAGU